UAACUUCUUGGGAAAUGUUAGGCACAAAUUUAUCUGUAAAAAAAGCUGAUGGUGAAUGGUCAUCAGAAUCAGAACGGUUAUUGUUGAUGGACCGUAAAGAUUUUAAUCAAUUAGGCAUAGGAGUUGAUGAUUUGAUAGAUGCUUAUGUACAGACUUGUUUAGCAGUUAUUGCAAUUGAUAAAAUGUGUCAAAAGUUGAUGCCAGAAGAAGGAAAAUUUGAUUUUAAUUUAUUCAGAGCUUUAAAUCCUGAUGAAACUUUGUUAUCAGAAAUAUUAGAGUAA